CUUUUUAAUGUUACAUUUCAAACACAAUAUUCUAGAUACAAUCCGACUUACAACCAAUAAAAAAUGUAUUUAAUCGACAAGUAGUUUCACCUGCAUUUGUGUAAGUUGUUGGGCAGUUUAAUGUACAACAAAACAAUUAUAUUUUAUAAGAUCUAGAUAGGUUUUGUGUGUUAAACUCGUAACUGUAAAGAAUAUAUAGUUGUAAGAUAAAUGUAGUGGAGUACAAAUUUUUUUUUGCAUAUUUCCCACCGAGAUGGAUUUACAAGAACAAUAUCUCACAACAAAACACAAUAUCAUAUAAAUAUGAGCUAUUGAUCAGGAUAUGUUACAAUAAACAGCCCGAUUACGAGCACAAGCAUGACAUGUGACAAUAAAUAAACAAUAUAUAGCAUCAAAAAUCACAUUUGAUGUCCUUAAAGAUAAUUGUGCUGAGAGCUAACGGUGUUAAUUGCUUUCACAUUGGAAACAGAGAUGUGCAGACAAAAAAAUGUAAAAAAAAAAAAAAAAAAAAUUAACAUAAAAAAUGUACUCCCUCAUUCAGUCCAAAGAGCAAAAAGAAAGAAAAAAAAGCCCACAGAGAGCAGGGGGGUCCAGGAGGAGAUUUGCAUGGCACCCUCUCCCCACAGAGGUCCAGGUCCUGCAGACGUCACUGGUCGAGGAUCUUUGUUUUCUCUCCACCUCUCUCGGUGGAGGAAUACAAGUUUAUCAUCCAGCCAGGGACGGGACGGUCUCCUCUGCCGCUCCUCUCCUCCGUCUUGUCGGGCUUCGCGCCGGGCUCUUUCUCCUGUAUGGUGGAUAUCCUGCUCAAUGCUUCUUUCUUGGAUGAUAUGGGGGAUCAUUCAAAAAGUAAGUUUCGUCCCAUUUUCUGCUCCGGUGUUUCCCAUGUUUAGUUCGAAGUCCUAAUCGGAGUGUGAGCCUCUUGGAGUUUUGAUUAAUUGCGGGGGUUUUUUUGUUUUGUUUUUUUUGGUUCGUUUGUUUUUUUAAAAAAAAUCGAAAACUAGAUUCUGGAACGAAAAAAACAAAAACCCGCAACAGUACCGGACUAAUAAUCUAAUUUAAACUUACACCCCAAUGACGAUGAGAAGUCGGGAAUCGCCAUGUGUGUGGGCUGUGGAAGUCAGAUACACGACCAGUACAUCCUGAGAGUCUCCCCGGACCUGGAGUGGCACGCAGCCUGCCUCAAGUGUGCAGAGUGCAGCCAGUAUCUGGACGAGACCUGCACUUGUUUCGUCCGAGACGGGAAGACUUACUGUAAAAGAGACUAUGCAAGGUUAUUUGGCAUCAAAUGCGCAAAGUGCAACAUGGGCUUCUGCAGCAGCGACCUGGUGAUGAGAGCCCGGGACAACGUGUAUCACAUGGAGUGUUUUCGGUGCUCGGUGUGCAGCCGGCACCUCCUGCCCGGGGACGAGUUCUCUCUGCGGGACGACGAGCUGCUGUGUCGGGCCGACCACGGCUUGCUGGUGGAGCGGGCCUCCGCAGGGAGCCCGCUGAGCCCCGGGAACAUCCACACCAGACCGCUGCACAUCUCAGACGCGGUUUCGGUCCGGCAUCCUCCCCACCACCGGAACCACGUCCACAAGCAGUCGGAGAAGACGACCCGGGUCCGGACGGUGCUGAACGAGAAGCAGCUCCACACCCUGCGGACCUGCUACAACGCCAACCCGCGACCGGACGCCCUGAUGAAGGAGCAGCUGGUGGAGAUGACCGGCCUGAGCCCCAGGGUGAUCCGCGUCUGGUUUCAGAACAAGCGCUGCAAAGACAAGAAGAGGUCCAUCCUGAUGAAGCAGAUCCAGCAGCAGCAGCACAGCGACAAAACCAAUCUGCAGGGCCUGACGGGCACAGCUCUGGUGGCUGGCAGUCCCAUCCGACACGAGAGCACCGUGCAGGGGAACCCCGUGGAGGUGCAGACCUACCAGCCACCGUGGAAAACCCUCAGCGACUUCGCCCUGCAGAGCGACCUGGACCAGCCCGCCUUCCAGCAACUGGUGUCCUUCUCUGAGUCGGGCUCUCUGGGCAACUCCUCCGGCAGUGAUGUGACCUCCCUGUCGUCGCAGUUACCGGACACACCGAACAGCAUGGUGCCGAGUCCAAUCGACACGUGAGGAGGGCCUGGAGGUCAGCUUCUGCUGGGAGCACCGGGGGGUGGGAGGGGACGCUCAGAGACCUCAGCCACGUUUAAAACAUGAAGAAACACACCAACACACAGGAUGGAUUAUGCACGAGGAUACAUUCAAGGUGUCGCCUGGAAGGGAUCGGACGUCUGACCCACCCUUCGCAUUUCAGGCAUUUCAGCUCGCUGUCUUGCUCAAGGACACUCCGGCAGGACACACAAGCUGUUGAUGGACCUCUAACCGUGAUGCCAGUGGCCUGACCGGGCCAUAAUAACUCGGUGAAUACGGGGGAUACGAGCGUUUUACAGUAUGUUUAUCAGGAAAAAAACCCCCACAAAUACGAACUGUGUAGAUGUGCAUGAUUUGUAAGUUUCAAUAUCGACUCUUGUUAAAAAAAAAAAAAAAAAAUGAAUGAAUGAAACCGAGGGGGGAGGCGCACUGUUGGCGUUUUUCUCCCGCAAAUAAGUUAUUAUUAUUUAUUACUAUGAGGACAGACAUAGCCGAUCUUAUCAAUAAAACAUAGUUCUAACUGAUCA